CCCGUCCUCGGCGUCUUGUCUGCGGAAAGAAGGCUGGAGGUUCUCCCGUCUCUUCGCUCCAGUCCCGCCGGCCCGGGUGGAGGCAGCUCGGACAACUGGCUGGACCAGAGAGAACCCACCGGGCAUUCCAUAUUCUUCAUUAUUCAUUCCAUGAUCUAAAGCACCGUCCAUGUCCAAGUCAGGCCAGAUGCCACUGUCCAACAUCAGCGUGCCAAAGCCCUCCAUUUCCCGCGUGCCCAGCAGCAUGGAGGGCAUCAACCACGAGCUGGAAAAGGUCUUCAUCAAAGACAACGCAGACAAGGAGGAGCUGAAGUCGCUGGAGGUUCCUGAUGGCCGCAGAGCUCCUUUCCCUCCCCAGCAGCGCAGCAGCAGCCAGCGCAGCGCUGACACCCAGACUCCCUCAGGUCCUGGACGCUCCAGCAGCUGUUCCAGCUUGUCACCCUGCCCCUCACCUGCCUGCCCACCUGGGUCACAUGACAGCAGUCCUUACUCCACCGAGGACCUACUCUACGAUCCUGAUAAAGACGGUGAAAGCAGUUCACCGCUCCCCAAAUUCGCCUCCUCACCGAAACCCAACAACAGUUACAUGUUCAAGCGAGAGCCGCCCGAAGGUUGCGAGAAGAUCAAAGCUUUCGAGGAGAUGAGCUCCCGACAGUCCAGCUCAGCAUCAGCGCUCCUCUUCUCCUGCCCUGACAAAAACAAGGUCAACUUCAUCUCGACCGGCUCAGCAUUCUGUCCCGUCAGACUCCCAGCAUCCCUGCAUGUAACGCCCAGCGUGCCAUCCCAGGAACAUGAGGACGGCACAACAUCAUCAACAUCGCACGCUUUUACCACUCAAGUCUCCACCAGCACCAGCACAGAAGAAGACUCCAUCAGCUAGACCUUCUACACCUUCAAGUGUGACCACUGACCAUCCAAACUCCUUCACUUGUGACCACAGACUCUCCAAAUUCCUUUAAGUGUGACCAAUGACUGUCCAAACUCCUUCAAGUGGGAUCAGAGACUCUCCGAACUCCUUCAGAUGUGACCACUGACUCCCCAAACUCCUUCAGAUGUGACCACUGACUCUCCAAAGACCUCCAAGUGUGACCACUGACUCUCCAAUUACCUUCAAGUGCGACCACUGACUCUCCAAACACCUUCAACUGUGACCACUGACUCUCCAAACAAUCAAAACUCCUUAAAGUACGACCACAGAAUUUCCAAACACCCUCAAGUGUGACCACUGACUCUCCAAACAAUCAAAACUCCUUCAAGUACGACCACUGACUCUACAAACUCCUUCAAAUGCGACCACUGACUCUCCAAACUCCUUCAAGUGCGAUCACUGACUCCCCAAACACCUUGAAGUACGACCACUGACAUCCAAAAACACCUUCAAUUGCGACCACUGACUCUCCAAACUCCUUCAAGUGCGACCGCUGACAUCCAAACACAAACAAUGUGUUUGGAGAGUCCUUCACAACUGAAGGAUUUUCGAGAGUCAGUUGUCACACUUCAAGGUGUUUGGAAAUUCUGUGGUCACACUUGAAGAUGUUUGGAUGUCAAUGGUUUCACUUGAAGAAGUUUGGAGAGUCAGUGGUCGCAUUUGAAGAUGUUUGGAAAUUCUGUGGUCACACUUGAAGAUGUUCUGAAAGUCACACUUAAUGGGGUUUGGAGAGUCAGUGGUCAAAUUGAAGGAGUUUCGAGAGUCAGUGAUCGUACUUCAAGGUGUUCAGAGAGUCAGCGGUCACACUUGAAGGAGUCCUUCAAGUGCGACCGUGGUCAGUGGUCAAAGUUGAAGGAAUUUGGAGAGUCAGUGGUCGCACUUGAAGAUGUUUGGAAAUUCUGUGGUCACACUUAAAGAUGUUCGACCACAGAAUUUUCAAACACCUUCAAAUACGACCCCUGACGACUGACUCUCCAAACUCCUUCAAGUAGGACCACUGACUCUCCAAACUCCUUCAAGUACGACCACUGACUCUCCCAAGUCCUUCAAGUGUGACCACUGACUCUCCAAACUCCUUCAAGUGUGACCACUGACUCUCCCAAGUCCUUCAAGUGUGACCACUGACUCUCCAAACACCUUCAAUUGUGACCAAAGUAUUUCCAAACUCCUUCAAGUACGACCACUGACUCUUUAAACUCCUUCAAGUGUGACCACUGACUCUCCAAACUCCUUCAAGAACGACCACUGACUCUCCAAACACCUUCAAUUGUCCCCAAAGUAUUUCCAAACUCCUUCAAGUACGACCACUGACUCUUUAAACACCUUCAAUUGUGACUAAAGUAUUUCCAAACUCCUUCAAGUACGACCACUGACUCUUUAAACUCCUUCAAGUGUGACCACUGACUCUCCAAACUCCUUCAAGUACGACCACUGCCUCUCCAAACACCUUCAAUUGUCCCCAAAGUAUUUCCAAACUCCUUCAAGUACGACCACUGACUCUUUAAACUCCUUCAAGUGUGACCACUGACUCUUUAAACUCCUUCAAGUGUGACCACUGACUCUUUAAACUCCUUCAAGUGUGACCACUGACUCUCCAAACUCCUUCAAGUGUGACCACUGACUCUACCAGGUCAUUAAAGUGUGACCACUGACUCUCCAAACUCCUUCAAGUGUGACCACUGACUCUCCCAAGUCAUUAAAGUGUGAGCACUGACUCUCCAAACACCUUCAAUUGUGACCAAAGUAUUUCCAAACUCCUUCUAGUACGACCACUGACUCUUUAAACUCCUUCAAGUGCGACCACUGACUCUCCAAACUCCUUCAAGUACGACCACUGACUCUCCAAACACCUUCAAUUGUGACCAAAGUAUUUCCAAACUCCUUCUAGUACGACCACUGACUCAAGUGUGACCACUGACUCUCCAAACUCCUUCAAGUACGACCACUGACUCACCAAACUCCUUCAAGUACGACCACUGACUCUCCAAACUCCUUCAAGUGCGACCACUGACUCUCCAAACUCCUUCAAGUGUGACCACAGAAAUUUCAAACUCCUUCAAGUGUGACCAAAUAAUUUCCAAACUCCUUCAAGUGUGACCAAAGAAUUUCCAAACUCCUUCAAGUGUGACCACUGACUCUCCCAAGUCCUUCAAGUGUGACCACUGACUCUCCCAAGUCCUUCAAGUGUGACCACUGACUCUCCAAACUCCUUCAAGUACGACCACUGACUCUUUAAACUCCUUCAAGUGUGACCACACUCUCCCAACUCCUUCAAGUACAAUCACUGACUCUACAAACACCUUCAAUUGUGACCAAAGUAUUUCCAAAUUCCUUCAAGUACGACCACUGACUCUCCCAAGUCCUUCAAGUACGGCCACUGACUCUCCAAACUCCUUCAAGUACGGCCACUGACUCUCCAAAUUCCUUCACGUACGACCACUGACUCUCCAAACUUUUUCAAGUAUGACCACUGACUCUCCUAACUCCUUCAAGUGUGACCACAGAAAUUCCAAACUCCUUCAAGUGUGACCACAAAAAUUCCCAACUCCUUCAAGUGUGACCACAGAAAUUCCAAACACCUUUAAGUGUGACCACUGACUCUCUAAACUCCUUCAAGAACAACCACUGACUCUCUAAACUCCUUCAAGUGUAACCACAGAAUCUCUCAAGCCCUCCUUACUUCUGCAUGAUGUGGAACUUAAGCAAGUAGAGUCAAGCUGGCCAUGAGGAGGUAACUACAGAAGGGAUAUUAGUCUAUUUAUGUUCUUGUUUUGUUAUGUUGCAAAUAUUUACACAUGAAUGAGCUGUACAAUCAAUCAUACAAUCGUCAUUGAUCCGUUGAACGCUGCAACAUCAGGGUUAGCUUUGCAAUUGAUGAAUUUAACAAGUUCUUCGUGCUUGGAUAUACUUGAUGGUGCACCCCAGGGGUCAAUGCUGGGACCAAAGUGGUUGAUGUAAAACACUUCCAAGUUAGUAGUAUUUUGCUUUUCGUCGAGGGGACAAAACCAAUCCCAGUGGUAAAUAUAUGCAUAUACUGUAAAUAUAUAUCUAUAUACUGUAUCUCUAUGAGAAGAAAGAAAAGCCCUUGUUUGAAGAAGAAAAGUAUUGCUGAGUAAGCAGCUGAACUUGUUUACAGGAAGAUAUACCCAGUACUAGUGUGUACUUUUAUCAAAUCAUACGUCUGAUUGUCAUCUGCGUGUCUUACACCUUCUCCUGUGCAAAUUAGAUCAAUCACAACAUUAAAACCUACUCCUAAAGUACAUUGUAGUACUGUAAUACACCUUCUAGUAGUACUAUAGGACACCUUCUAGUAGUACUGUUGUACACCUUCUAGUAGUACUGUAGGACACCUUCUAGUAGAACUGUAGAACACCUUCUGGCAGUACUGUAAUACACCCUAUUGUUGUACUGUAAUACACCUUCUAGCAGUACUGUUAUACACAUUCUAGUAGCACUGUAAUACACCUUCUGGCAGUACUGUAAUACACCUAGUAGCACUGUACCUUUUAGAAAACAUGGGAGUCACCAAGCACUACGUAAAGUUUGUACAUCUAGAAAUCUUUCAGUAAGAUGAUAAUUCAUAAGGAUAAUUCGAGGCAACGUUUUAAAUGCGCUUUUAGUGUGCAGUAAACCAGCAAAAAGAAAAAACACUUCUAAAAACACCAACUUUGUUUUGAAUUGGCCAUAUUUGGAAAAUAAAUCUACUUUACAAAAUAAUCAUACGGACCACAAUGAGAUUGAGUAAAACAAAAUUCUCUGUAUUGCAUAAAAGAAGCCAAAGAAGUAACAUACAUUCAUAUUUGUUUGACAUAUGCAUAUACAUUCAUAUUUUCAUAUUUGCAUAUACAUGCACAUGUUUUGAUAUAUGCAUAUACAUUAGUAUUUGUUUGAUGUAUGCAUAUACAUUAGUAGUUGUUUGAUAUAUGUAUAUACAUUCAUAUAUGUUUGAUAUUUGGAUAUGCGUGCAUAUUUUGUGAUCCAUUCCUAUACAUUAAUAUCUGUUUGAUAUAUACAUAAACAUUCAUAUUUGUCUGAAAUAUGCAUAUACAUUUGUAUUGUGAUAUUUGCAUAUACAUGCACAUGUUUUGAUAUACUGUAUGCAUAUGUUUGAUAUCGGCCCAUACAUUAGUAUUUGUUUGAUAUCUGCAUACACAUUAGUAUUUGUUUGAUAUGUGCAUAUGCAUUCAUAUAUGUUUGAUAUUUGGAUAUACAUGCACAUGUUUUGAUAUAUGCAUACACAUUAGUAUUUGUUUGAUAUGUGCAUAUGCAUUCAUAUAUGUUUGAUAUUUGGAUAUACAUUAGGGAUGUCCGAUAGGCCGAUAAAUGCGUUAAAAUGUAAUAUCGGAAAUUAUCGGUAUCGUUUUUUUUAUUAUCUGUAUCGUUUUUUUUUAAAUCAACAUAAAAAACACAAGAUACACUUACAAUUAGUGCACCAACCCAAAAACCCCCCCCCCCCCCCCCAUUUCUUUCUGUUAUUAAUAUUCUGGUUCCUACAUUAUAUAUCAAUAUAUAUCAAUACAGUCUGCAAGGAAUACAGUCCGUAAGCACACAUGAUUGUGCGUGCUGCUGGUCCACUAAUAGUACUAACCUUUAACAGUUAAUUUUACUCAUUUUCAUUCAUUACUAGUUUCUAUGUAACUGUUUUUAUAUUGUUUUACUUUCUUUUUUAUUCAAGAAAAUGUUUUUAAUUUACUUAUCUUAUUAUUAUUUAAAAAAAAAAAAAAGUACCUUAUCUUCACCAUACAUGGUUGUCCACAUUAGGCAUAAUGUGUUAAUUCCACAACUGCAUAUAUCGGUUGGUAUCGGUAUCGGUUGAUAUCGGUAUCGGUAAUUAAAGAGUUGGACAAUAUCGGAUAUCGGCAAAAAGCCAUUAUCGGACAUCCCUAAUAUACAUGAAUAUUUUGUGAUAUAUGCAUAUGAAUUAAUAUCAAAUAUAUUCAUAUUUUUCUGAUAUAUGCAUAUACAUUCAAAUGUGUUUGAUAUAUGCAUUUAUGUUUAUAUAUGUUUGAUAUAUGCAUAUACAUUCAUAUUUGUUUGAUAUCCAUAAUUGUUCCAAUAUAGACAUAUACAGUACAUUUUGUUUAAUAUAUACAUAUACAUAAACAUUUGUUCCAAUAUAGACAUAUACAGUACAUUUUGUUUAAUACAUUUGUUCCAAUAUAGACAUAUACAUCAAAUGUACCUGAUGUAUUCAUAUAUAUUCAUAUUUGUUUGGUGGCCAGCAGUCAUUCAACAUCUGACUGAAGCUUCCAUGUUCAACACCAUGAAAUAUGAGAGGAAUGAGAUAGGCUCCAGCAACCCCGAAAGGGACAAGCGGUAGAAAAAAUGGAUGGAUGGAAAUCCUAUACACGCCACUGAGUAAAUGUUUGCAGAACAUUACUGUCACCAAGUGGCGCAUGAGAGUAUUGCAGGAAUGAAUAACUACUGCUUAGGAAAAUAUGUUAUUAAUAUUCUACUUUUCCUUGCUUUGUCCAUUUGUGUUGUUUAAGGAGUCAACACAACAUGAACACUUAUUUGAUGGACUUUGUUCUUAUUGUCAACAUGGAUGAAUCAUGAGAUAUAUUAAUCUCUUAGUCAUUUGCCGCAAAUCAAAUCUAAAAUGUUUUGUUCGGAUUAAAUUUGCACAUGUUGACUUACAUUGUGUUAUUUUAUUACCACAUUUAUUGUACCAAAUGUGUCGAACUUUUAAAAAAAAACCUCACGCGUUUGAACAAUCACCAAAAUAAAAUAUGGCUAGCACCGCUUCCGGUUCGUUGCGCAACGUCGGAAAAACUUCCUGUAGACGGUCGGGCCAGGCUUUCAAAAUAAAAGCAUGGAUUUGAGCACAGAAGUUGUGUUUUUAUUUAUUUAUUUUUUAUUUUUUUAACGCGCCAACAAGACUUAGUAGUUAUUGUCGGUGUUUGUUUGACUGAAGCUGCUACUUUCUCUUUGGAACAUGGAAUAUUUAGUUGAAUGAUCAACACGCACAACUGCGUGGCAGGAAGAAGAGGGUGAUACAAUAAACCUAUCUUGUUGUGUUUGAUGCAGCUAGACUACAAAUGAGACUAAAUCUAAUCUUAGUUGGGUUUUUUUUAGAAACUAAAAUGGCGUGUUUGUUGUUUUGAAAGUCACUGAAAAAGAAAUCGUUAGUCUAUAACAAUACGA